AUGUCCUCUCCUACGCAAGAGCCUGUCGCCAUCGUUGGGUUCGCAUGCCGGCUGCCUGGACAAAGCACAAACCCGCGCAAGCUAUGGGAUCUCCUGGAACGAGGCGGAAUCGCAUCAAACAAGGUUCCUAAGUCUCGAUUCAAUAUUGAUGGCCACUGGGAUGGAUCAAUCAAGCCUCGCACUAUGCGACCACUAGGUGGUAUGUUCCUGGAAGAUACCGACCCGGCUGACUUCGAUGCAUCGUUCUUCGAAAUUUCGAAAUCCGACGCAAUUUCCAUGGAUCCAAAUCAACGUCAAAUGCUGGAAGUCGUGUUCGAAGGGCUUGAAAACUCUGGUAUCACCCUGGAAAGCCUUGAUGGCGCUCCGGUUGGAUGUUUUGUCGGAUCAUUUGCUUCAGAUUAUGGUGAUAUGCAGGGGAGGGACCCGGAAGAUCGCCCAGCUAGUAUCACGGUUGGUGUUGGGCGUGCUAUUUUGGCUAACCGACUGAGCCAUUUUCUUAACGUGAAAGGGCCCAGUAUGACCAUUGAUACUGCUUGCUCAGGUAGUCUUGUCGGCUUGGAUGUAGCAUGUCGCUAUUUGCAAACAAGAGAAAUGGAUGCAGGUAUCAUUGCAACCAGCAACCUUUACCUCAAUCCCGAGCACGUCAUGGAUAUUGGUGCAGUCGGCAAUGCCCACUCUCCGAGCGGGCUCUGUCAUACCUUUGAUGAGUCUGCCGACGGCUAUGUCAAGGCUGAAGCAGUCAGUGCGAUCAUAGUGAAGAGACUGUCAGAUGCAAUUCGCGAUGGAGAUCCGAUCAGAGGUGUGAUCCGAGGCUCUUCUACGAACAGCGAUGGCCGUACUCCAGGUAUCGCCAGCCCCAGCGCGGAGGCUCAAGCAGUCGCCAUCCGAGCGGCGUACGCUCGAGCUGGUAUUACUGACUCCAAUGAGACCUCGUAUUUGGAGUGUCAUGGAACGGGUACCCAGGCCGGGGAUCCCAAGGAAGUAGGCGCCGUGGCCUCGGUGUUCUCAAGCACCAGAUCUCCUGACAAGCCACUCAUAAUUGGCUCGAUCAAAAGCAAUGUCGGGCAUGCAGAGCCGGCAGCCGGAAUAUCAGGAGUUAUGAAGGCGUUGAUGGCUAUCGAGAAAGGCAUCAUCCCCGGGAAUCCCACGUUUGAGAACCCAAGCCCCAAAAUCGAUUUUGCUGGCUUCAAAGUUAAAGCUACUCGGACGGCGAUUCCAUGGCCAGCCUGUUCCAUUCGUCGCGCGAGUGUCAACUCCUUCGGUUAUGGAGGCUCGAACGUACAUGUCGUCCUUGAAGAGGUCAAGCUCCCGGAUGGCCCGCGUCACGUUUCAUCGUAUAUUUCCGAAGAUGAUGAGUUUGACUUGGACGAUGAGGGUGCCGAGCGACCGUACACAAUUGUCCUCUCUGCCAACGAUGAAGUCUCCUUGCGUGCUAAUAUCAAGGCUCUUUCGGAUCAUUUGAUCAAUCCUCGCGUCAAAGUCAGUCUUCCCGAUCUGGCGUAUACGCUGUCUGAACGGCGAACGCGUCUGUUCCAUCGAGCAUUCGUGAAGACCCGAAAUACGGAAUUGGAUGAAAGCUCUUUCGUUUUGGGGAAAAAGAGCUCCGAGCCACCACGUUUUGGCUUCAUUUUCACAGGCCAGGGUGCGCAGUGGUCCCAGAUGGGCAAAAAUCUUCUCGAAUUCUUCCCAUGGACGCGUUCGAUUCUCGAAGAGCUUGACGAUGUUCUGCGGAGAUUGCCAGAUCCGCCAACAUGGUCUUUCAUCUCCGAAUUGACUGAGCCUCGUAGUGCGGCACAUCUUCGUGAGCCAGAAUUCUCCCAGCCUCUGGUGACGGCUUUACAACUGUGCAUUGUCGCCAUUCUCGAGACAUGGGGUGUUAAGCCGCAAAGUGUUGUCGGCCAUUCCUCUGGUGAAAUUGCGGCAGCAUACGCGGCAGGAUUUUUGAGCCGAUCAGAUGCAAUCAUUGCUGCAUUCUAUCGUGGAAGAGCAGCCGUGAACCGCAAAGCUGAGGCUGAAGGAAAUAUUGGAAUGCUUGCUGUUGGACUAGGCGUGGAGGCUUUGACUCCGUACUUGACUAAGUAUGAAUUGGAUGCCUGGAUUGCCUGUUUCAACAGUCCCAGCAGCUUGACAGUUUCCGGUAGACUUGCGGCUCUCGAGUCAUUGAAAGAUGACAUUCAAGCCGAUGGGCACUUUGCUAGAUUGUUGCAAGUGGACCUGGCUUAUCAUUCGGAGCUGAUGAACACCAUUGGCGAGGAGUACGAGAUUUUGUUGCAGCACAACUUUGUGUCUUCAAAUGGCUCUACGGAUAUCUCGAUGUUCUCCUCCGUGACAGGAACCCAGAAGACCGGUACCACUGAUGCUUUGUAUUGGAAGACGAACAUGACUUCACCUGUCCGGUUCGCGGAAGCUACACAGGCUAUGCUUUCUCUGCCAAAUGGCCAGACCCCGAACUAUCUGAUUGAGAUCGGUCCAUCGGGAGCUUUGGCCGGACCUGUAACUCAAAUCAGAAAGGCUGUGGCAGGUGGUACAGACAUCGCAUAUUCCGCUUCCUGGGCCAGGGGUAAAGCCGCUGGAUCCACUUUGUUCGAUCUCGCGGGACGGCUUUUCAUCGCCGGCCAUUCAUUGAUCAGACUUGACGAGGUCAAUCAAGUAUUUGCCGAUAGUAGGAAGCCCUCCACUAUUAUUGAUCUUCCGAACUACACAUGGAAUCACUCAAUCAAAUAUUGGCACGAAAACUCUCCCAGUAAAGAUUGGCGGUUCAAAAAAUAUGUCAAUCACGACUUGCUGGGAAGUAAGAUUCUUGGUAACCCAUGGAAAGCACCCAGUUGGCGAAAGCUGUUGAACCUAGCCGAUAUCCCAUGGUUGAAGGAUCAUAAAAUGGGCUCAAACGUAUUGCUCCCCGGGUCGGGGUUUAUCUGCAUGGCAGUGGAAGCGAUGUGGCAGAAGAAGAAUGCAACCGACCCCGACGAGACUGUUACUUCUCCCAACCAGCUAGCUUACCGAUUGCGCAAUAUCAGAUUUGACAAAGCGCUCGUACUCGAAGAUGAAAAAGAUGCCGAGGUCUUGCUGUGGCUGACCGAACAACCUGGCAGCAAAGAUUGGCAUGAGUUCAGGAUUUCAUCGGUCAAUGGGAGAAAUUUGAUCGAGCACUCAUCCGGGCUUAUCCGCUUGCAAGUCCCCGUUGACAGUCAAAUUGCACAGCCGGACUCUCAACCUUUGACUCACCCUACUUCUGGACAACUAUGGUACAAGGCUCAGAGUCAGAUUGGCUAUGGCUUUGGACCUGCUUUCCAGAAGCUCAUUCAGGUCGAGUCUGUCAGUGGCCAGCGGAAUGGACCUAGUCUAGUUUCUUUGAAAGAGCCACCAUCUAAGUGGUCCCCUCAGUCAUAUUAUCCAAUUCAUCCGGCGUCACUUGAUGGCUGCUUCCAGACCGUCACACCUUCUCUGUGGGCUGGAGAACGAGGCUCUCUCACCUCUGUUUUGGUACCUUCGAUUCUUGAUGACAUCGUCAUUAACAGGGUUCCUCACAGUUUGAAGAACGGCCUUUCCCUCGCAGAGUCGCACUACUCGGGCCGUGGCCGACUUGAGGAAGCCAAGAGCUACUUUGCCAACUGCACUGUAUACGACUCGGAGACCGGCAGCCUCCUAAUGAAGAUGACCGGACUUCGCUUUGUGAAGCUGGAUGUAGGCAGUCAGGUCGACCCUCACAUCUUCGACAAAAUCACAUGGAAGCCCGAUGUAACAUUCCUCACCGCUAGCCAGCUUAGUGAGAAGACUGUCAACUCGACGAUUGACCUUAUCGCGCACAAGAAGCCAGCCCUUAAGGUUUUGGAGAUCAACUUCAUCAAAGAUGAUACGUCCUCCUUAUGGUUCGAGGCUGAGGAUCGAGUGUCCCGCGCCGCAUACCUGGACUAUACUUUCCUUGGAUCGGAUGCAAAGGGCCUUAUCGAUGUACAAACCCAGCAUGAAAGCAGGCACAAUACAUCAUUCCUGCUAGCUAAUACUACUGCUGAGCGACUAGGUGCACCGGAAAUUGAGUUCGAUCUCGUCAUCUUGAAGAUUGGACAGGUUUCGCGAUCUGAGUUAGGUGAUCUCCUGCAGACCCUCAAGCCCCUUGUAUCUCAGCAGGCUGGUCAUCUGCUUCUUUUACACACCCCGGUCCCCAAUUCAAGCGACACGAGCUAUUUUGCUCUGGGAACGUCAACACCAGACUCAGAAGCAGCAGCAGUGACCUCCGGUUUUGAACUCAGCAAGGCACCUUCGGAGGCAAUUACUCCUGCUAGUUCAAUCAGCCCCUCAGCCACCUCAGUUAACCUUGUGGCAUUGAAAGAGGAGACGGUUGCUAAGGUUGAAGGCACCCCCCUUCAGCCUAAUACUGCUGACAUGGUUGAAGAGACCCUUCGAUCUUACUUCUCGGACCCAGUUUCCAAAAUUGGCUCUCAAUUCGGGACUGAGUCUUACCUGGCCAUUCUCAAACCAAUCACUCAAGCUUCCAAGAGCCCCCUAGAUCUAGAUGUGGUGCGCUUGUCAAAGGACACACCGGCACUUGAAUCAUCCUUGCGCGAGAAGCUGCAGAAAUCUGGAUGGGUCAUUAAUGAGCAGACACUCCUCAUAUCGUCGGCAACACCGAACAGUGUCAUUCUAGUCCUUGAUGAGCUUUCGUCUCCGUUGCUCACACAGGCCAACGAAGAGCAAUGGAAGGCGCUUAAAGAGCUCAUUGGCUCGGGCAAACAGUUGCUUUGGGUUACUCAAGGUGCACAGUAUCAAGUGACCAACCCCGACGUAGCCUUUGCCCACGGCUUGUUCCGAGUGAUUCGCAUGGAAGACCGCAAUGCGAAGUUGACCACUCUAGAUACCGAGAAAUCGUCUGUCGCAGCAACCGAAUGGGCAAUUGAUACUGUUCUCCGGUCUCUCAGGUCGGAAAGACAGAAAGAAUUCAUCGAGACAGAAUACGCCGAGAGAGGUGGCAUACUUUACGUACACCGUGUUGUCCCGGACGAAGCUAUCAACCAAUUCAAGCUAGACGUCAAAGAAGGCGCUGAACCAAUUGUUCAGGAUCUGCACAAACCUGGACCCGCAGUUUCCCUGCGAGCAGAGCGUAUUGGAACUUUCGAAAGCCUAACAUGGGCAGAGAACAGUACUGCUGAGCUACCUGUGCAGGAAGGCCGUGUUGAGGUUGAGGUUUUGGCUGCCGGUGUUAAUUUCAAGGAUGUUGCUGUCACCAUGGGCAUUGUGCCAGAGAACGAGUACACUCUGGGCUAUGAGGCUUCUGGUAUCGUGAAAAGAGUGGGACCUGGCGUCACGAAUUUCGCGGUUGGUGACCGCGUCUGCUUCUUGAACAACGGAAGUUACGCCAAUCGUCUUCAGGUCCCUGUUGGGCGUGCGCAUGUCUUCCCCGACGCGAUGUCGUUCGAGGAAGCGGCAACGAUUCCGUCUGUUUACCUGGCUUCGAUCUAUUCUCUAUAUCACAUCGCCAAUCUCAAGAAAGGACAAUCUGUCCUUAUUCACUCGGCCUCGGGUGGUGUUGGCCUCUCGGCAAUCCAGCUAGCUCAACAUAAAGAUGCAGAGAUCUUUGUGACCGUCGGAACUGAAGAGAAGCGACGAUUCCUCGCCGAUAAUUUCGGCAUUUCUCGUGACCACAUGUUCUCUUCUAGAGACACAGAUUUUGCUGCUGCAAUCUCGAAAGCAACCCAGGGUCGUGGUGUUGACGUGAUCCUUAAUUCCCUAACUGGAGAUAUGCUUCACGAGUCCUGGAGAAUCUGCGCGGACGGAGGCACAUUCGUCGAGAUUGGAAAGAAAGAUAUCGUCGACCGUAAUGCGUUGUCGAUGGAGCCAUUUGACCGGAACUGUUCCUUCAGGGCCAUGGAUUUCUCCUACACCAAGGACAUCUCGGAUCCUUUAAUUGCCAAUCUUCUGGAUGAGAUCUUCGAUUUGGUUAAUGCUGGCCAUGUAAAGCCUAUCAGCCCGAUCACAACAUUUAGCUUCGGCGACAUCCGUUCGGCCUUGGCUUUCAUCCGCAGCGGUCGUCAUAUCGGAAAGGUGCUUGCGCUUCGUGGCGAUGCCUCCUAUUUGAUUGUGGGUGGUCUGAAGGGACUUUGCGGCAACUUGGCUAUUCAUAUGGCUCAACAUGGAGCUAAGCGUAUCAUCGUUGUUUCGCGCAGCGGCAUCGAAGAUGAAGCUUCGCAAAAGACGGCCAAGAACUGUUUGUCAUACGGCUGCAAGAUUAUAGAAGCGAAGGGUGACGUCGCCGACGUUGAUUUCUUGAAAAAGGUGUUCCGCGAGUCGUCCCCAACCAUUGCUGGAGUUAUACAGGGAGCUAUGAUCCUUCGGGACAAGCCGUACGAGUCCAUGACGCUGGAAGAGUACCACACCGCCAUCUACGGCAAGAUCCAGGGCACUUGGGCUCUACACAAUGUCUCUCUCGAACGCAAGCAGCCACUUGACUACUUCACCCUGCUUUCCAGUAUUUCUGGAAUUGUCGGCAAAAAGGGACAAUCCAAUUACUCGGCUGCAAACACUUUCCUCGAUGCGUUUGCCACCUAUCGCCAGUCCCUUGGACUACCAGCUAACGCAGUCGACCUUGGACUGAUUGAGGACGUCGGAUAUGUUGCUGAACAGGGUGGCAUGGACAGUCACUUUGACAAGCGACAAUGGACACCAAUUUACGAGCGCACACUACGCCAUAUACUUGAUCUUUCCAUCCUACAGCAAACCUCGUCCCCGAUCAACGUGGUUAGUAGUGCUCAGUUGAUCACUGGUAUCGGGUUCCCACUGCCCAACGACUCGGAUCUCAUUCGAGAGGCAAGAUUCGGUUACCACUUCGGACAGAGCGCAGCUGGUGGUUCGGGAGGCAAGGAUGGUGCAAACAAGGGCGACCAGACCCUCCGUGCCUUCUUAAUGAUGCACAAAUCUGGGGCGGAUGAAUCGGCUCUUCUAAAAUUGGCCAUUGAGCUGAUGGCUGCUCAAUUCACCACGAUUCUUCGCCUUGAGACUGAGAUGGAACCUGCAAAGCCUCUUAUGGCUUAUGGUUUGGACUCCUUGGCUGCAGUUGAGUUAAGGAACUGGGUGCGCUCUGAACUGGAGGCUGAUCUCACCACCCUCGACAUCACCAAUGCUAGCUCCUUGAUUGCCCUGUGUGAAAAGCUGAUUUCGAAAUUGCCACAACCUGAAGCUGCGACGGCUUAA